GUUGCUCCGUGUGUGGUGCCAGGGUUUCUCUCUGAUAUCAUUUCCUUCAUCCAACACGUCAUACAAAUCGGGUGACGUGGUUUGUAAUCCAGUGUUUGGACCUUCAAGUCAGCAGCAUGGCGGAGAAAUUUGCUGACUUAACCCUGGUGGUGGGACACACCCACAACGACCAUAAUCUUCACCACAAUCCAGACAUGAAUGCAGAAAGGAUCUACAUGGAUUAUAAUGCCACCACCCCGAUGGAGCCAGAGGUCAUUCAGGUCAUUUCUGAAGCUCUCCAUGAGGCUUGGGGAAACCCCAGCAGCAACUACAUAACAGGCGCCAGGGCCAAAGCCAUCAUCAACCAGUCCAGGCAGAAUGUGGCUAGAAUGGUUGGAGGCAAAGCAGAGGACAUUGUUUUCACCUCAGGGGGAACGGAGGCCAACAACCUGGUGCUGCACACGGCCGUGGAGCACUUCAGGAAGAGCCGCAGCGCCGCAGAGCACAGUGAAGGCCGUCAUAACGGCUGCACCGGCCUGCCGCACAUCGUCACCUCCAACGUGGAGCACGACUCCAUCCGGCUCACAGCCAAGCACCUGGAGGCGGCUGGAAAGGCAGAUGUAACAUGUGUGCCCGUUUCUAAGGUGACAGCUCGCGUCGAGGUGGAGGACAUCAUCGCCGCCGUGCGCCCCAACACUUGCCUCGUCUCUGUCAUGCUGGCUAACAAUGAGACGGGAGUCGUCAUGCCAAUCCCAGAGAUUUGCCAAAGAGUAAAAUCCCUCAACAAGCAGAACGAGCGGCUCAGGAUCCUGCUGCACACAGAUGCUGCACAGGCGCUGGGCAAAAUCCCAGUGGAUGUCCAAGAACUGGGAGUGGAUUACCUUACCAUAGUAGGACACAAGUUCUACGCCCCUCGUGCCGGGGCGUUGUACGUGAAUGGCCCCGGAACAAAGACGCCUCUGUAUCCGAUGCUGUUUGGAGGAGGACAGGAGAGGAACUUCAGACCAGGCACGGAGAACACGCCAAUGAUAGCCGGCCUGGGAAAGGCUGCUGAGCUGGUGACUGCUAAUCUCUCAAGUUAUCAGAGUCAUAUGCUAAUGAUUAAAGCGUAUCUGGAAGAACGACUGCAAGAUGUCUUUAGAGACAAGAUCUGCUUCAACAGUCAUUAUCCCGGCUCUGAUGUCCUCCCUAACACAUGUAACGUGUCCAUCUUGGGCCCGGUGUUGCAAGGCUGGAGGGUUUUGUCAAACUGCAGGAGGCUGCUGGCCAGCGUUGGCGCCGCCUGCCACUCUGCCAGUGGACACAGGCCCUCCCACAUCCUGCUGAGCUGCGGUGUCCCCACCGAGGUGGCGGCUAACGCUCUGAGGCUGAGCGUGGGCCGGGGGACGACCAAAGAAGACGUGGACGCCGUCGUGGAAGAUCUUAGGGAAACGGUGGAGCUCCUGAAGAAAAUGAACUGACCCCUUUUCUUUUGAACUAAAGAGAGUCAAAUAAAGAUGUGCAGCAACGCACACGCACCGUCUGUUUCGCUACGCCAAACUUGAUCCUGUAAGAUUAUGAGAUAUUUAAUAUAAAUAAUAAAGUGGGAGAACUUG